AUGGCCUCCUCCUCCUCGGCUGCAGACAGUGGCCUGGCCCUCUCUCCUUGGAGCCAUCGGCGGCAGGAGGAGGCGGGGGAGCUGCGCCGCCUGAACGACCGCCUGGCCGCCUACAUCCACCGCGCCCGGGCCUUGGAGGCCUCCCAGGCCGCCCUCCAGCUCCGCCUGGGCGAAGACGCCGAGCAGAGCUGCCUCCUCCUCCGCCAGUGCUACCAGGCGGAGCUGGCCCAGGCCAGGAAGGCCAAGCAGCAGCAGGCCAGCGAGGGAGCGCGCCUCCAGGGGGCGCUGCAGGCCCUGCGCCAGGAGCACCGGCAACUCCUGGCCAGGAACUCUACAAAAGAAAAUGAUUUAAGCCUGGCGGUUGCUCGUGUGAAGGAUCUCGAUGCUCAGCUCAACUCCAAAGAGGCCGAACUGGCAACUUCAUUGAGUAGACAACAACACCUGGAGAGAAAUCUUCACGAGUCCAAGGAGCAAAUAAUCUCUCUAAAAGAGGCAGUGAAUGAUUCCAAAAACCAACUUCAGAAUGAGAAGUUGAGGAGGAUAGAUUUAGAAAACCAAAUGAAGACACUCCAAGACCAAGCGACAUUUCUGAAGCACCUCCAUGAAAAUGAACUUAGGAACAAGAAGCAACUCUAUGCGAGCAGAAUUCAAGAAAUAGAGUCUGGUCGUCAGCAGGAAUUUGAGAACAAAUUGUUGAAGGCUCUCCAAGACCUCAGAAAAGAACAUGAAGAACAGAUUCAGGAAUACAAAUAUAAGACGGAGCAAAACUUCCAGGCCAAAAUGGAAAAUGUCCAGCUUUCUGCAGCAAAGAACACUGAUUUUGCCAACUGUACCAUGGAAAAGCUCACUGAAACCAAACUGAAGGUUGAUACCCUAAUAUCACAGAACAGUGCAUUAGAAGUCAGGAUAAAAGAACUAGAAGCCAGAGCAAGGGAGCUUCAGAAGACAGUUGACCAUGAACGUGAUUCAUCAAAGAAGCGCAUAGCUGAAAAGGAUAAGGAGAUGGCAGAAAUGCAACAGCAUAUGCAGACUCAGCUGGAGGAGUAUGAGCAUUUAUUGGAUGUGAAGCUAGCUCUGGAUCUUGAGAUCAGUGCCUACCGGACAAUGCUGGAAGGAGAAGAAGAACGUUUAAAAAUAUGCAGACCCUCUUUGGAAGGUGGGGGAAAACAGACAACAAGCAGUCAGGGCCACCGUGAUUCCCUGCAAGGAAAGAAAAGGAAACGGGCAUUAGCCAAAAAGCAAGCCCACAGUGCAAGUGUCAAAGUGGUCCAGCGUGCGUCUUCUUCAGGAAGUAUCUCCAUAGAAGAAAUUGAUACAGAGGGGAAAUACAUUAAAAUUAAAAACAACUCUGAUAAGGAUCAGUUGCUAACUGGUUGGACAGUAAGAAGGCAGCACAGAAAUGAAUCGGACAUAAUGUACCAGUUUCCUGCUCGAUUUACUCUUCUGGCUGGUCAAGUAGUUACAAUCUGGGGUGCAAGAGAAGACUCAAGCCCAUGUCCUGGUGUGCUUGUCUGGGAAUCCCAAAAGCCAUGGGAUGUUGCAGAGACCAUUAGCAUUGCACUCCUUAACGCUGAUGGUAAAGAAACAGCAGAAGGAAAGAUCAUCUAUGUUGAUAAAGGAGAAGGUGAUGGAGAAGUGGAAGAUGCUGCUGAUAAGAAAAUGGAGCUUUAUGGUCAGCAAAAUGAAAGCCGCAGCUGUCCCAUAAUGUAGUCAGGAAAAGAUGGUGAUGAUCUACGGAGGUUUCUUACACAAAAUGACAUUCUCUGGAAAAUGUGUAAACUUUAGGGAUAAAUGCCAUACUGGAAUUUUGUGGAACUUUACAUCCCACAGCGUCAGAUGCUGGAUGUUGUGUCUUGGCAUAUUGGGUCUUUCCUUGAUUGGAGCUACUGAAGCUGGAAUAUAAUGCAUCUCCAAGAAGGACUGAAGUGGUUUCUCAGACAGCCCUAAGAUGUUGUGCUGCUUUAAAAACCUGUUUAAGAGUCAAAUGCUGUCAAAUUAAUACAGCAGUAGAAUCAACAGUGCUCAUUUAGAUGGUAAGGUCCCACUUGCUUUUAGAUCUGCUUCUCAUGGAAUUUACAAUAAUCAAAAACAAAGCUACCGCAUUGCUCUAUUUCUACAUUCAUUGAGGCCCUUCUCCCCUCUGCACAGAUACCUAGGCAAAAUGGUUCAAUUUUAUUCUUGUGGCUGACUGCUGAAGAUUAAUGCUCUGGUAUUACAGUGUGCAGCCUUCUACAUGAUGUUGGACUAUAUAACUCUCAUCAGACCUACUCAGCAGAAUGAGUGGUGAGAAAUGAUGGAAGCUGCAGUUCACCAGCAUCUGGAGGACCACAUAAUUGUGCAUUUUGGUGCUCCCCUCUUUCAUAACUUGGGAACACCUCAAUGUAAGUGUACAAUUAAAUCAAGAGGAGUUCUUCAGCUCCCUUACAUUCUAUCAGCUACGUAAUGCUACUCAUUUUAUGUUUUUGGCUGUAGUGUAUUAUUUUGGUAGCCCGACUCUUAUGCGCAGCCUGUGUAGACUGCACUGUUGAAUGAGCCUGUGCGGUUCAGUUAUAAAGAGGUGAGAACUUUAGAUGCUUUCUCAGAACCUGGGAAAUGUUCUUGAGCUACAGUUCCCAGAAUGCAUGAGUUGACAUGGGUCUUGUAAAACAAAAAUAACUUCUCCAAGUUCUGUUAUUUCUUUACCCUCCUUAUCAUCCUAACCUAACCCAUCAAAAAGCCCUUCAAUAGGAUGCAGAAUGGAAAUAGAAAUAGCAGCGAUUUUUAAACCCUCUAGUUCUCUGUCACUCUCUAAUGUUUUGGAUGGGGUCAGGGGCUGCUGUAUUUCAAUGCACAGGGUUUAGUAAACACUCCUGUGUUUGUCAAUCUGAAAGAGUGUACUCAUUGCUACAUGCCUCAACAAUACAAAAGGUUUGUUUUAAUGACAGUUUUUUUCUCUACAAGAGUAACAUUUCAGUUGGAUUUCUCGAUCAGCAAAUAUUUUAAAAGAGUUAGCUAAUAAAUAAUUAUAUUAUUUAUAAUAAUUAUAAAUAAUAUUAAAUUAUUAACAUCAGGCUUUGCCUCUAAUAUUUUAGUAGAUCUAAAUAUGUGAUAGUAAUAUUUCACCACAUUUAGAUAGGGAUAAAUGCUUUUCCUGUUGAACCACUUGCUUUCUAUUAUCUUCCAUACAGCUCACGAAUCUUUAUGGUGUUUAAACCAAUAAACUUCUUUGGUUUUGGCAAGCCAUAG